AUGGAUCACAGGACUACCGCCGCAGGGAGUAGCGGAGGGGGCAACAAUAUCAAAGUUGUUGCCCGAUUCCGGCCUCAGAACAAAGUCGAAGUCGCAAAUGGCGGCCAACCUAUUGUCCAGUUUUCUGGCGACGACACAUGCCAGCUUCAAUCCUCCGAAACAAAUGCCCCCUUUACCUUUGAUCGAGUCUUUGGAAUGUCCUCUCAACAAGCCGAUAUCUUCGACUUCUCGAUAAGAUCUACCGUCACCGACGUUAUGAAUGGCUAUAAUGGAACAGUGUUUGCAUAUGGCCAAACCGGUGCCGGAAAGUCAUACACGAUGAUGGGCGACAUGGAUGAUCAAGAGAAGAAAGGCAUAAUCCCGAGAAUCACAGAGCAGAUAUUCGACUCCAUCCUCGUUCAUGGCUCCGCCACGGUGGAAUAUACAGUUGGUAUCUCAUACCUUGAAAUCUAUAUGGAAAGAAUUCGCGAUCUAUUAAACCCCGCGAUGGACAAUCUGCCCAUCAACGAAGGACCGAAAGGUCCCUAUGUCAAGGGCUUGCGCGAAAUCUACGUCAACUCGGUGGACGAGGUCUACACCGCCAUGCAUCUUGGUCAACGCUCACGAGUUACUGCAUCAACCAAUAUGAAUCAAGAAUCUUCACGAUCUCAUUCGAUUUUCCUGACUACCAUCAACCAAAAGGAUAUCACGACUGGCUCUCAAAAAAGCGGAAUGCUUUACCUGGUCGAUCUGGCUGGAUCUGAAAAGGUGGGUAAGACCGGAGCCAGCGGUCAGACACUGGAAGAGGCGAAGAAAAUCAACAAGAGUUUGAGCGCACUUGGAAUGGUCAUCAAUGCCCUCACCGAUGGGAAAUCUACGCACGUUCCGUAUCGAGAUUCGAAAUUGACCAGAAUCUUGCAAGAGAGUUUGGGUGGUAACUCUCGGACGACUCUGAUCAUCAACUGCUCUCCUAGCAGCUACAACGACGCGGAAACCGUAGGCACUUUGCGCUUCGGCAUGAGAGCAAAGACCAUCAAGAACAAGGCCAAGGUCAAUGCCGAACUCAGCCCGGCCGAACUCAAGCGACAACUCAAGAUCGCCCAAAAUCAAACCAUGACUUUCGAGAAGUAUAUUUCAUCACUGGAUGCAGAAUUACAGUUAUGGAGACAAGGCGAAACGGUACCCAAGGACAGAUGGGUCCCAUCGUUGUCGGGCUCGAGCUCGAAACAAGAGCCGAGGCCGAGGCCUGAGACACCAUCCAGAGCCCCUUCAGAUUUGCUUAGAUCGGACACUCCCAGCCGACCUGAUUCCCGGAUAGGCGAGCGAUCCAGUACACCUAGCAUAAUCAUGGAGAAAGACGAAAGAGAAGAAUUCUUGCGCCGUGAAAAUGAUCUCCAAGAUCAGCUUACCGAAAAAGAGACGCAAGCCGCCAAUGCGGAGAGGACUCUACAGGAAGUUCGAGAAGAGCUCAAGUCGUACAAAGAGGGCGCACUACGAACCGCCAAGGAUAAUGAGGUAUUGGCGGAUAAAUUCAACAAGACUCAAUUAGAGCUUCAGAAACUCUCAUAUCAGAGCAAAGAAGACACCAUCACCAUGGACAGUCUGAAGGAAGCGAACUCGGAGCUCGAGGGCGAACUCGUUUCAGUCAAACAGCAACUUCUCAACUUGAAGAUGAGCGCCAAGGAAACCACCGCUGCCCUGGACGAGAAGGACCGCAAAAAGCAAGAAAAGAUGGCGAAAAUGUUGGCUGGUUUCGAUCUCGGAGACACUGCGUUCUCCGAGAACGAACAACGUAUGCGAGAUAUGCUUGAACAAGUGGAUUCCGUGCAUGCAGCGAGUCUAAAUGGCGAAAGCGUUCCCAGCCAUGUCCUAGAGGAUUUGCGCGCCAAGUUGCUUGAAUCUCAGACUCUGGUACGUCAAGCAGAAAAGACACUAAAUAACCAUGCCGAGAACGAGAGUGAGGAGCGUGCACUGGCCCUUGAAGAGAAGCUAGCGGCCGUGCAGCAGGAGUAUGAAGACCUCUUGACCCGCAACCUGGGUGCUGACGACGUCGAAGACGUCAAGGGACGACUUGAGCAAAUCUACACCGACAGACGGGAGACACAAACAGAUCUACUCCACGGGCUCCGAGAACAAUUAACACAUAGAUCUGAGGAGGUCGAGAGAUUACAGAAGACCAUCGCAGACCUUCAGAGUCGGAGUGUCAGUAAUGGUCCCGCUAACGGGCCUGUCAGCAAGACACUUCAACAGCAGAUCUCUGACUUUGAUCUCAUGAAAAAGAAUCUGAUGCGAGAUUUACAGAACCGGUGCGAACGAGUGGUCGAGCUAGAGAUCUCCCUUGAUGAAACGAGGGAACAAUACAACAAUGUCCUGAGAUCGAGUAACAAUCGUCAACAACAAAAGAAGAUGGCAUUCUUGGAACGGAAUCUCGAACAGCUUACUGUCGUCCAACGACAGUUGGUAGAUCAGAACACGAGUCUCAAGAAAGAGGUCGCCAUCGCAGAACGAAAGCUAACUGCCAGAAAUGAACGAAUUCUCAGUUUAGAAAGUCUGCUCAACGAAAGCCAGGAGAAAUUCGAGGCACAACUCGCUGCCGUCAAGGAACGUCUUGAGGCUGCAAAGGUUUCGUCGAGGAACAUGGCCGCUGGAGGAGCUGCUGGACCAGGCGGCUUCAACAGUCUCAUGAACGCCGGAGCCAGAAUCGCCAAACCGCUCCGAGGAGGUGGCGGAGCAUCCACAAACUUAGACGGCGCGAGUGGUGGCAGCAUGAUGAACGGAGCCCCAUCCAUCCCGAUCAUUUCAAGUCUCGCAGGAGGUGAUGGCGGCAACAAGCGCAGCAGUUGGUUCUUCAACACGAAUCGAUGA